AUGUGGUCGACUCGCGCCUCGGAUACGCCACCACCGGACAGCUCGAUCCGACGCUUGUCAUGGGCAACGCCUCCGCUGAGCUCAACGUCGUAUCAGUUGCCCUCGGAGCAGCGCCGUGCUGCCGCUGACCACCACCACCAGCAGCGUGCGGUCACGAGCCCGGGCACCUCAUCGACCUUGUCCGGCUCGUCCGACCUGCUGCAACCGCUGCCGAUCGUGACCACGCCCAAAAGUUCACGAAACGAUCUCUUUGCCCUCGAUUGGUCCAACGUCACGCCUCAUGUUGCCAGCCGAGGCGGCACCCCACCGGCCUCUGCAGUUGCUCCAUCGCCGUCUGCACCGGCGCCGAACGUCUCGGGCUCAUCGUCAGCGUCGACGUCCUCACCGCAUGGCGGAUGGAGGAGAGGGCUCAAGCUGCUCCAGUCGACCCCCCAGGACGCUAGCAGUCACACCAGUGCCACCACCGGUAGCGACAGUACAAGCACGAGCAACGGCACCGCACCCGUCACGCGCGACCUCAUCGGACCAACGCCCACGAUUCUCAACGGCGCACCUCCUCUCGAGCUCAAUCUGCAGCGGCCAGGCCUCGUCCACGCACCAUCGCACCUUCAGGGGCCUCUGCAUUCGCCCUCAUCACUGGCGACUCCAACUAGUCCGCCCCGUGACAGCGAAUUCUUUGCCAUGUACGACAAUGAUUACGCAAAAUCAGAGCUGAACGACCUGCGCAUCGGCCAGAUGAACCACUUUCGCUCGGCCUCGACCUCGUCAGGUGACCGCGUCGCUCCAACUUUGCUCGACAUCGCAAGCACCAAGUCGCCCGGCGCCCGAACAGUACCCUUGCCACUCACACCACCAGCCUCGCGUUCACUGGUUGCACCUUCGAACUCGAACCCACAGCAGAGCAGCAUCGCCGGCCCAGGACCAGGGAUCAGCGACAACCCCGUGCUCGACUCGCGCCAGGCGCCUCGCGUGCGAAUGGCACCCUUCCGCGACCAGUCCCUCGGCGAGGGUCGACACGCGAACGUUUUCCUAGGCAGUUUCAUCCCAAGAGAGGUCACUCAGGAUGACGAGCAUCACUGGACGCUGUGCGCCGUCAAGCGUAUUUUUCCAGAUCGCGAGUCACAGAUCGCGGGGCUCGGCGAGGCGUUCAUCUUGUCCAAAUUGGUGCCGCCGCCGACGACGCCAAUCCCGCCCCAGUCGAUCGCUGCGAGAGGGAGUGCGCAUGUGCUUAAGCUGUUCGGGGUUCGUGAUGAACGUGACGGUGUGGAGCUGAUCGAUGAGGAUAGAUCGGCGGUGAGCGCCGGAGCGAGGAGACGCAAGUGGUACGAAGACUCGUCCCCAUCAUCGGCGGUAUCGAUCGGUCUGGGUCAAGCCCCGAGUAUGCAGUCGACGCACUCCGACUUGAUACCCCGCAGUUCAUCGGAGGCAGUUCCUAUACCCACCUUGACUUCGCCACGUCGAAGGAAACACCCGCUGCAUCGACAAUCCUCGUUUACUGGGCCCAGUCUUUCACCUCCAUUAGGUUCACCAGUCCUGGACCACAUGCCCGAGCUUUACGCGAGCUUGACCGUCGAUGAUCAGGGAGCCUCGGAUAUACAAAUCAAGUCCAAGAACCCUCGUCAAUCAGAGCCACCCGCACCACGACCUUCGACAAAGUCGCCUGAUUCAAUCGUCGUCGUCGGUGACGCUUCCCCUUCCGCUGCCGAACCUAGGCGGCGUACGCGCACAUCGGAAGGGGUCGACCGCAUCGUAUCGGACGCUUCUGAUAUGACGCAAGGGACUGCCUCAACCUUGAUGUCAUCCGAAGGCCCUGGCCCAACUCGACCACCGACGCCUCGCAUCAUGUUGCUACUCGAGUACUGCCCCUUCGGGCAUGUGCUCGGCUUUGCCAAAGCAUUCCCCGAACGCAUGAGCAAACGUCGAUGGCUCGCCUGGGCCACCGAACUGGUCGCAGCUGUGGCGUGGACCCAUGAACGUGGGGUAUUGCAUGCCGAUAUCAAGCCACAGAAUGUGCUCGUGAGUUCGCAGCGCUGCUAGUAGUGAGACCCCGCAUGACUGUUGAUCUGACGAGCCUUGUGCUGGCUUGCCCACAGGUCGCUUCAGAUCUUUCGAUCCGACUUGCCGAUUUCGGAAUGUCACUGUUUUUGCCCUCCGCGACGUCAACUCACCCAGCUCCUACCGACCCUCUGGGCCUCGGAACGCCGCCAUACGCACCGCCCGAAUUCGUGCGCCCCGCACCAUCCCCUUUUGGUCACUCAGCCGACAUCUUUUCGCUCGGCGUGACCCUCAGCGUGCUCAUCACGGGUAUCGAACCUUUUGCCAACAUGCGCACGGUCGAGAGGAUGCUGUGGGUCGGGCGUGGCGGGUAUUGGGAGUGGGAUCAACGGCGUCGCGAGCGUGGCAACGAUACGGGCAGUGCGAGUGUCUCGCGGCGCAGCUCAAUCCGCAGCAUCCGUAGCGGGACCCACAGUCGAGCCGACAGCGGGACGAAUCUGAGCUUGCUCAGCUCGAGCGGCGGUUGUGUAUCGUACUUGUCGUCCGGUCGAUCGACUUCGAGCCUCCGACGUAGCGCUUCGAUCGAAAGCGAACGUAGCGUUCACAGCGUCGCGAGUACGUCCGGCAGGAACAGCUGGGGUCUGGCGGUACUGGCGAAGAAGCUCCUCUCCCCGAGCGGGGGCGCCUCCGCUUCUGUUUACGAUUCUCCGGCUAGUCUGAGUGUGCUGGCUUCGCCUUCGCCGUCGGCCUCUCCAUCAGCCCUUCCCAGAAGCCACCCCUCCAACCUGUUCGCCCUGCCGCCCCGUUCCCCCUCCUCGGACGACGAUGAUGACUUGCAAAACCUUUCCUCGAAUGCGAGCCAUGGCGCCUUCGAGUCGUCCGAGGACGAAGAUGAGGACGACAACCCGACGAUGGCGUUUUCUGGACCGACGACUUAUGUUGAUGGCACACCGCAUCAAUACUUUCUCAAUGGCCACGACUUGGUCCCGCUUGAAAUCAGGAUGCUUCUCAAGUCCAUGACGAGCCCCAAGGAGAAGAAUCGACCGACGGCGCGUGAAGUACUCAGGACUUUGGAUGCCCUCGAAACUUGA